CCUCGCUUUUGGUAAACAUUGGCUAGUGUGUCGCCGCUCACUAUUCAAGUGUUAUUUUGUGUAAUAAUAUAUAUUUAGUUGUUUUGUUAUGGUUUUGAUGCAGUGACUAUGGUCAGUUACUUAACUGUCAUACAGACUUGACUAUGGAUGAAUAAACAGCUUCGCCUCUUUGUUGUGGUUGUUGUCAGUUACUGACCCUACAGUACGUAAGUAUUAUCACGCAGUGCUGUAAUAUCAGUUUCCAGUAGCUUUACACUAGUAAUGUAUACUGACAACCACAUGCACGAGAUUGUGGUAAAGCGCAACACUUCGUCCUCAAGAAAGAGAUCAAGGGAUGGCAUGAGAAGUCGCAUCACUCCAGCCAAGAAGCGGUCAAGUUUCACAUCAGAAACAUGCUCUACUGUUGAAGGACACACUCAUACUCGAGACAUGAGUGAGAAUAACGGCACAGAGCUGUGCUGCAGUGACAAUGAGGACUUAUUUGAGGGUUAUGACAGCAUUGUGGGUGACAGCUCCUUUCUGGCUAAGCUUGAAGAUGUGGAGCUCCAGAUGAGGCAGUGUCACGACCAGCAGACUCCAAAUGCCUGUGAGGAUGAUCUUUCAGACUCAGUCUUAGCUGAGGAUUUCAGAGAUUCACCACCUAGAGCUUUGCCGAGCUCUCAACUUGAAUUUCAAAAAGCUGUCACGACUCCACACAAAAGCCCUUCCAGCGGUGCACAUAACACCUCUACUCCUGAUUUGAUGAAUCCCAGGCCAGCUAUCAAUCAUGCAGAUCUCACUGCCAACAAGCCACCCCCAAAGGCCAGAAGAAGCAUGAAAGAUCAUCUUAAGAAAGUACUGAUAGACAAUGCAGCAACAUCUAGCACUGUCUCCAAGACGGUGCAACAAAAGGAGGCUGUGAUGACUGAAGAAAUGAGUUUUGCUAUGCAGGCCAUGGAGUCCAUAUCAGCUGAGCAGGACCUGGGCCCUUUUUUUGGUCUCCCAUCCAAAGUUAAAGUCCUUAUUUUGAGAUUAAAGGGAAUCCAGGACUUGUAUGAGUGGCAGAAGACGUGUUUGAGCCUGGAUUCGGUGCAACAAAGGAGAAAUCUCAUUUAUUCUUUACCAACAAGUGGAGGAAAGACUCUAGUGGCAGAGAUUCUCAUAUUUAAAGAGCUCUUGUGUAGAAAGAAAGAUGCACUGCUUAUUUUGCCGUACAUAUCCUUGGUUCAGGAAAAGGUUCGAGGGUUAUCUAGCUUUGGAAUUGAGUUGGACUUCAUGGUCGAGGAGUAUGCUGGCAGUAAAGGGAGGUUUCCUCCGGUCAAGAGAAGAAAUAAAAACUCUCUGUACGUCACAACUAUUGAGAAGGGACAUAGUCUUGUCAAUUCACUGAUUGAAAAUGACCGUCUAGACAAUAUUGGUCUGGUUGUUGUGGAUGAGCUCCAUAUGCUUGGUGAUGGAAGCAGGGGGGCAAUUCUUGAAAUUACUUUGUCAAAGAUUCUGUACAUGAGCAAAUCCACCCAAAUUAUUGGUAUGAGUGCAACGCUAGGCAACGUGGGAGAUCUUCAGACCUUUCUGAAUGCUGAAAACUAUACCAACGACUUCAGACCUGUUGAGCUGAAAGAGUAUGUAAAAAUAAAGGAGAGCAUAUAUGAAGUCAACCCAAGGGAAGAGACAUGCUUCAGUUUCUCACGACUCCUGGAUUUUAAGGGAUCCCUGCUUCUCUUUUCUGUAGCUUUCGGCAGUCUGGUCAUUCUGCGGUCCCCAUAUGUAGCUACAGAGUUUUUAAAGAGAAGUCAGUACAAACAGAUGGUAGGCAGAGCAGGACGAGCAGGUAUUGAUGCCAUGGGUGAGAGUAUCCUGAUCCUGCAGGACAAAGAUAUAAACAUGGCCAAAAAACUGCUGUCUGCACCAAUGGAGAAGUGUUACAGUAACCUUCUACAUGAUGGAGGUAGGGGCCUCUUCAGUCUCGUCCUGUCAUUCAUUGGGCUGAAGAUAACUACAACUGUAGAACAAGUGAGGGAUUUCAUGAAAGGCACACUGCUUAGUGUGCAGGAGGCUCAGGUCAGUCCAGAGAGGAGUCUGUGGGACCUUACAGUGGAGUCUAUAGAUACUCUGAAGCAGAAGAGCCUCAUCGAAGUCUCUGCUGAUGUAAAUAAUCAAAGCAUUCUCCAAAUCACCAGGCUUGGGAGAGCAACAUUCAAAGGUUCAAUAGACCUAAGCUACUGUGAUCUGCUCUACCGAGACUUAUCGAAAGGGCUGGAGGGUUUACUCCUCAAUAGUUUUCUUCACUUAGUGUAUCUGGUUACUCCAUAUGACAUGGUGAAUCAAUGCAAACCAGAUUGGAUGAUCUACUUCAGGCAGUUUACGAAUUUGUCAGCUGCUGAACAGAAGAUGGCCACUGCGGUCGGAGUGCCUGAAAGUUUUGUGGCUAGAAAGGCAGCGGGACAGAGCGUGAGGAAGUCUGUGGACAUUGUGGUAGUGAAUAGGUUGUAUCUGGCUUUGGUGCUGUACUCCCUACUGAAGGAGACAAACCUUUGGAACGUGUCUGAUAGAUUUCAGCUGACCAGAGGCUUUGUACAGACUCUUCUCAGCUCAGCUUCCGCAUUUGGCUCCUCCGUGCUGCACUUCACUGAGGAGCUGGAGGAGUUUUGGGCCUACAAGUCUCUUCUCUCAGAGCUGACCCGUAGAUUGACUUACUGUGUGCAGGCCGAGCUCAUUCCACUCAUGGAGGUGGCUGGAGUCAUGGAGCAUCGUGCUAAGCAGCUGUAUAACGCUGGUUACAAGACACUGGCACAUCUUGCCAACGCAGAUCCACAAAUUCUGGUCCAAACUAUUGAAAACCUCUUCAAAAGACAAGCAAAUCAAAUUAUUGCAUCAGCAAAAAUGUUAAUAAAAGAGAAAGCAGAGGCCUUGCAGGAGGAGGUGGAUGACCUGCUUAUGCUGCCAUCUGAUAUCCCAUCUUUGUAAAUCUUUGUUUAUUUUGAUUUAUUUGAUGUAAAUCGCAUGUAUAUUAUUUAAUCUACCUGGAAUUAUGUGAACUAUUUUGUGCCUACAUGUCUGGCUGAAAUAAAAAUGGAAGUA